AUGUCAACCUCUGCUCAUUUCAAAUUGAGCGACUUUCCUCAGAAAGUCCUUGACCCGAUCGCCACCACCACCGUCCCACCAAUUUACGCCACCAUCAAACACGCGCAACGCCAACUCAUGACCAAUGCCGCCGCCAUCCCAAUGCUCAACGGUGGUGGUGCCCAUGGCCACAUGGCCUUAACGCUCUCCCCUCGCGCUUACGCCAACAUCAGCAACGUCCCAUUCAUCAUUCCCGUCGCCCCGCCAGCCAAUCUUCCCAUUGGCACCACUCAACCCGAGAUUACCAAGAACAACAGCAUCCAUUAA